AUGAGGAUAUCUCAAGAACGAAAUUCUGCAAGCGAAGACUUGCACCAAAUAGAAAUAAAAGAUCAACGCAAUGAUAAUGAGACAGAAAACAGAACAGAAACAUGUAUAGAAUACGAACCAUAUUAUUUUUUCACAAAAAAAUCUCUAAAUAGAUCUAAAUUAAAAAAAGAAAAUAAAUAUUUUAAAGACGAACAAAAUAGUAAAAACACAGUAAUUGAUAUACUAUAUGAAAACCAAAGAGGAGGAUCUUUUUGUGGAACUAUGAUGUUCUCAUCAAACUCAUUGUUAUUUUUUGACCCAUCUCCAUGGACAGAUAAAAAUUUCCGUAGUUCUCUUGUUAAUACAUCAACUGCAACAUGCCCUGGUCCUUCUUGGAGAUGGACAUGGGAUAAAUGGAAAAUCGAUAUGGAUGGAAAUGUAGAUGCAGAAGGAUGGUCAUACUCAUUUUCUUUUUGGUCAAAAAAAUGGUAUGGGACAUGUAUUUGGUUCCAUAGUUUCGUAAGAAGACGAAAAUGGAUAAGAGAACGACAAUGGAAAUGCACUGACGAUCCAGAUAUUAUAGAUAAUGAUAACUAUUUUACAGUUAAUUCUUCAUAUAAAUUCGCCAGAUCACCUACAAGUACAUCAAGUCUAAAUGAAAGCAUAAUUUCCACAUCAAAAAAUCUUAAAACAGAAACAGACAUUCAAGACUUGCUUAAAAAAUUAAAAGAGUAUCGGAUUGACAGAGAACGACUUAAUGUUUUAGAGAAUUUUAUUUUAUCAAAUAACCAAAAUAUUAUUUUACUAAAUGAUUCAAUAAAAGAUAUACUUGACUGCUUUAUUUUUCAAGAAUCUCGGCGACAAUUUCUUACUUUUCUAAUUAAAAUAAUUAAAAAUAUCCAAACACAAAACCAAAGCAUUUCAAACGAUCUUCAAAAGACCAUAAAUUUUAUAAAAAAAGAAAAAUAUAAAUAUGAUUUUUGGGAAGAUAAACAAGAAACUGAAAAGAGUGAAAUUACAAGUUUUAUUUGA